AUGGUAAAGAGUGUAAUCGUAGCCUAUGUGCUGUGGGCAGUAGGGGGGCCUUUGGGGCUUCACCAUCUGUAUUUAGGAAGAGACAGCCAUGCUCUGUUGUGGAUGCUAACUCUGGGAGGAUUUGGAAUUGGCUGGGUCAGAGAGGUCACGCGGAUUCCUGCAUAUGUGGGUGAGGCCAAUCAAGAUGCAGACAAAGACAGAAAAAGGCAUCCUGCCUCGAUUCCUCCCCCUGCGGGUCCUGUCAGAUUUGUUGGACAGGUGUGUGUUGGGAUCUACUUUGGCACCGUGGCUCUGAUAGGACUGAACUCCCUCAGUUUCUUCUACUUGAUCGUUCUGCCUUUAUGUGUGGGUGCAGGGGUGCAUUUGGUGUCCACUGUUGGCCAGCAGACCUCUGAUCUCCAAAAAACUUUGACUGCUUGUCUCAUUACUUCCCCAAUAUUCUACGGCAGCAACUUAUCACCUCUUCCUAUAAGCUUGGCUGCGAGCUUCACUGCUGCACAAAACCGCAAGUUCAAACCUCCACAGACAUCCGGGAAGGCACAGAAAUUAGGUCCACGUCUUUACAGGCUUGGCCUUGCUUGGCUGGCGUUCUCUGCUCCAUUGGGCUACUGUAUUUUCCACAACACCACAGCCACACUGUACUACCUGUCUGACUGUAUAGCAGCACUGCUGGAUAUUUUCUGGUUUCUGCCUUGGCUCAGAAGUGUGCUGGAGUACAUUCUUUUGAUGCCGUAUCGGAUCUUGUGUGUCCUAACUGGGGGAGGGUACUAUGAAGAGGCUUGGAAGAAGGUGCUGGAAGUACUGCUCAAGGAGUACACUGAGAGAGAAAAAGAGGCACUGCAGGUUUUGUCACUGAAAUCAGAGGCCUCUCUUGAAGAGAUAACUCGAAGCUACAGGGAGCUGGCCAAAACAUGGCAUCCAGACCAGAACCCCAGCAAGGAUGCUGAGGCAAUGUUUGUGAAGAUUCACGAGGCUUAUGAGAUCCUUCAAAGGUGGCACCGACCCAAUCGAUUCAAAUAG